AUGAUGGACUACAUAAAACGACGAUUGUUUUUAGGAGAUUUUCAAAAUGAAUCAACCGAUAUUAUAAUGACUCGAUCAACAUUACUUGAUUCUCAUAUGAAUAUUCCAUCUCGUCAAUCAAUAGUGGAAUCAAAAUUAAUACCAUAUAUAGAUGCAUCAAGGCAUUCCAUUGAAAAUAUUUUGUAUCCUAAUCCAUUAUCAAAUAUUGCAAAAGAUAUUGUUAAUCAACCAACUGGAAUAGAAUCGACAUCAUCACAAUCAAGAUUGAAAGAAAAAUCAAAAUUAUUAUUUGUUAUUGAUGAUGAAGAAAUUGAUUGGAGUAAAUAUUUUCAACACAGAAAAAUUUUUGCUGAUUAUGACAUUCGUGUUGAACAGGCACAAUUCAAAGAAAUAAAUCUAUCUGCUUAUUCUCAUGGUGGAAUUUUAAUUAAUAUAGAUGUUUAUCGAAAUGGAAAACAUAUGAUCCGAUCAUUUCGUCCAGAUUUCGUACUUGUUCGACAAUAUGUAACAGAUAUUAACGUCAAUUGGAUAAAUAUUAUUCUUGCUAUGCAAUAUGGAGCUGUACCAAGUAUUAAUUCAAUGAGAGCUUUAUAUAAUUUUCGCGAUAAACCUUGGAUUUUUGCGGAAUUACUCAAAAUUCAACAACGUUUAGGUGCUGAACAAUUUCCAUUAAUAAGUCAAGUCUAUUAUCCAAAUCAUCGAAAAAUGUUUAUUUCACCACAAUUUCCAUCUGUUAUUAAAAUUGGUCAAGCUCAUCAAGGUUUAGGAAAAAUUAAAAUUGAAAAUUCAUAUGAUUAUCAUGAUCUAAGAAGUAUUAUUUCAAUGAGUAAAUGUUAUUCAACAAUUGAACCAUAUAUUAAUGGGCAAUGUGAUAUUUAUAUACAAAAAAUAGGAAAUAUUUAUAAAGCUUUUAGUCGAAAAUCAUUAAGUGGUAAUUGGAAAACAAAUAUUGGCUCAUCUAUAAUUCAACAAAUUGAAAUGACUGACAGAUAUCGUUUAUGGAUUGAUGAAGUAAGUCAAAUAUUUGGUGGACUUGAUAUAUGUGCUAUCGAAGUAAUAAAAUCAAUAAAUGGAAAAGAAUAUAUUAUUAAAAUAAAUGAUUGUACCAUGCAACUUUUAAAAGAAACACAAGAAGAAGAUUGUCAAUCUAUUGCCGAACUUAUUAUGCAUCAAAUGCAAAUUUAUUGUCGACCUGAUCAAGAAAUAUCCAUUUUAACACGAAUACCAAGUUUUGAUGAGUUACCAAAACUUCCACAAAAUAAUAAUCUAAAAAUUCAUCAAAAUGGAAACAUUCGACAAUCAUCAAAUACUACUGAUUCUGCAAUAAUGUUAUCAAAAUCAACACGCCUAUGGACAUCUUAUAGAUCGGUAUAUCCAUCAAUAAUAAACUUAUCUUCUCGUCGUUCAUUAAAAAUAACUAAAGUUCCGAUUCCUUCAAGAAAAUUAACAAAAAGUUAUUAUUAUCAUGCAUCUGAAGUUCCAUUAUUAUAUCAUACAGUUGGUCAACAUUUGGAUAGUUUAGCUUUUGAACAUCCAGAUCAUCAAUGCUAUGUAUUUAAAGGCGAAGGAAAUAAACGUUAUACAUAUAAAUCAUUUCUUGAUGAAGUUGAUAGUUUAGCUGCAAGUCUUAUUGAACUUGGCUAUGAAAAAAAUGAUCGAAUUGGUGUUUGGUUACCGAAUACAUCUGAAAAUUGUGUACUGACAUAUGCAGCAUCAAAAGUUGGCGUGAUUAAAGUUAAUAUAAAUCCAGCUUAUAUGGAUCGUGAGUUAGCAUAUUGUUUAAAUAAAGUUGGUUGUAAAGGUUUAGUUAUGCGACCUAAUGUUAAAAUAAUUGAUUGUAUUAAAAUGAUAAAUAAAUUAAUUCCUGAACUUAAUCAAACAAAAGGUGAAAUAAAUUCUAAAGCUUUACCAACAUUAAAACAUAUUAUAUUGACAACGGGUGAUAAUGGUAAAUCAGUUAGUGUACCAUCAAGUAUGCACUCAUAUACUGACUUAAUACGUAAAGGUGCAAACACCAGACAAGACGAGCGACGUAUACGUCAAUCACAAUUAGAUGGUGAUACUCCACUUGCUAUUUUUUAUACUUCAGGCACAACAGGAGAACCUAAAGCAGCUACAUUAACAAAUUAUAAUAUGUUAAAUAAUAAUUUUCAACUUUGCUAUACAUAUCCUGAAUUAAUGAGUCGUGUUUGUUGUCCUAUACCAACAUUUCAUAUAUUUGGUGAAAUAGCUGGUACAUUAAAUAUAAAUGCACCGAAAUAUUUUACAGCAUUUCCUUCUAUUUUACCUGAUACUGUUGACACAAUGCGUACUGUACACGAAGAAAAAUGUACAGCAUUAGUUGGUGCACCAAUUAUUUUUCGUGAUAUACUUUCUCAUCCAAAAAGAAAAGAAUUCAAUAUGAGUUCUCUUGUAUUUGCUAUUCUUGGUGCAGCACCUGUUAAUCCUGCAUUAAUUGAACAACUUGAACGUGAAAUUCCAAUAAAAACAAUUUCACAAGGAUAUGGUCAAACAGAAAAUUCAGCUUCAAUGGCAAUGAGUGUAUUUGCCCAAGAUGAUAAACAACGAAGAUAUUCAUCUGUUGGAAAAGCACUACCUCGUAUUGAAAUGAAAAUAGCAGAUUCUCAAGGACAUAUUUUACCUAUUGGUCAAGAAGGUGAAAUUUGUGCUCGAGGUUUUAAUAUUAUGAAAGGUUAUUAUGGUGAUGAUGAAAAAACUCGUGAAACUAUAACAGCUUCUGGAUGGUUAAGAACAGGUGAUGUAGGUAUUAUGGAUGAACAAGGUUUUGUUUAUUAUCGAUCACGUCAAAAAGAAAUGGUUAUUGUUGGUGGUAUUAAUGUAUAUCCAGUUGAAGUAGAAAAUUUUCUUUUAGAACAUCCAAAUAUAGCUGAAGCGCAAGUAUUUGGUGUGCCUGAUAAACGAUAUGGUGAAGUACUUUGUGCAUGGAUUAAAUUAAAACCAGGAACAAAAAUCGAUGACGUCGAAGAAGUAAGAACAUUUUUAUCGUCUAAAGUGGCAUUUUUCAAAGUACCAAAAUAUGUUAAAAUUGUUGAAUCGUUUCUUCCAUUUACAACACCAACAGGCAAAAUACAAAAAUUUAAAUUAACAGAAGCAAUGCUCAAACAAAUGUCGUCAUCAUCGACAUAG